CUGAUUAAUAUUUUUUAUUAUGUAUAUUUAGUAUGAGAUAUGCUACAGCAUUAUUGUCACAAUUCCAAGGAGUAAAGUUUACAGGUUCCAUAAAUAUCUAAUAUUGGUAUUGAUAGUUGCAAGGCUAUAUAAAAUAUAUGUAGUUGUUUUCAAUUUGUUAGUUUUGUUUUUUUGUUGAUGGUGUCAGGCUAUAUAAUCUUUUUAGCUAUGCUUGACUUACUUCCUUUGCAUCUUAUUAAUCACUGAACUUAAAUGUUUCCUUAACUUUUCUCUGGUGUUGUCUUUCUGAAUGCUGCUUAAAUUUAAGGUAAGAAAAAUAAGGGGAAACUGGAUAAUUUUUAGAGGCGGAAUGGGGGUCUUUGGUGCAAUAUGGAAACUCUUCAUCCAAUUUAUGAGAAGAACGUUAGUGUUUGAUUUCUGAGCUUGCAAUUACAUUGGGUUGUUGUUUUCAAAUUACUGCAGUUUGGACCUGAAAACCAGCUCUUGGUUGAUUGUGACCUUGUCAAUUGGUGAAAUAUAUAUGCUCUCCAAUUAUGGAUAACAUGAAGAAAGAUGAACCUCAAGAUGAGAAGCCAGAUGAGCUUGCUGAAUCUCUGGAUGAUCUAUUCUGUAGCAUUUCCACCAUGAUCAAAUCCGAGCUUCAGGGGACAAAUAAUCACCUAGAACUGUUGGAGAAGAUGAAUGUAAGAGUGGCAGAAGAAUACAAAGGGUUUGGUGACUUGGCUUCAGGGUUGAGGGUUUUUGUGGAGCAGCUGAAAUGCAAGAGCGGUAGCUUCAAUGAAUAUGUUGAGCAGAUUGAUAACAUAGAGAAGCAGGUGACUGAGUUUGAAGCUGUUGUGUCUAUGCUUGAUAAGUAUGUUGCUCUGUUGGAAUCAAGAGUGCAAUAUGUGUACCUUCCCAAAAUCCAUCUUCCUAAUCAACAAUAGUGUAAAACUUUUACUUUUCAUUAUUAACAUUUACAUUAUUUCCUCAUCUCAAGUGAAUGAAUUGCUAGAUUUACCA